AACCGAACCUCCUGCCUUCGAGGCCCCGCGAAUGAAUGGCUCCUUCCAGCAUCCUUUUCAUGGACCAGAACGGCAUGCUAAGUCCAAAAGAGAAAAACAAACUUAGAAAACCGGUGGUGGAGAAAAUGCGCCGGGACCGCAUCAACAGCAGCAUUGAGCAGCUCAAGGUCUUGCUGGAGAAGGAGUUCCAACGCCACCAGCCCAACUCCAAGCUGGAGAAAGCCGACAUCCUGGAGAUGACUGUGGAUUAUCUCAAGCAACAAAGCCAGAUGCAGACCAAAGCAGCAGGACCUGCUCACAAAGACACACAGGUUGACUUCAAAGAAGGCUAUUCCAGAUGUUUGCAAGAGGCGUUCCACUUCAUGUCCCUCCACAAAGUCCACAACGAGACUCAAGCCAUGCUCGUCAGCCACUUCCAGCGGAACCAGCUAACGACCCCUGAUGCCACCAGCUCCCCGACGGCCUUGAAGCACUUUGCAUUUAAGAACAUCCACAACCUCUGGAGACCCUGGUAG